UUUCUGCUGUCGGCCAAUCACAGCCCUCUCUGGGGCCUCGGGACUUUCCCUUCUCGGACCAAUCAGAGGUCUAGCAGUGCCUCGGGAGCCAACAGCGCAACAACUGAUAAAAUGUUUCACCACUGACCACCGUUCAAUCCACAACAAGUGUGUCAACAACAACAAGACCGGAGAACAAGUUCAGGAUUUGCACGCAUAGCCCUAAAAAUCACCAACUUUGUAGAGAUUUGACUGUUACGCUUAUCAGGAUAUCCCAUCACCCAUUUCGAAGGAUUUUCGGAAGAAGUUUCCCAUUUUAAGAUUGCCUGUCUAAGGGGUUGUUGUGGCAUCGUACCCAAGAGGAACGAAGCUGCUUGCCGCUUCGCCGAGUUCUAAACAUCGGAAGACAACCAAGGACCUCUUAUUAGUAUCUUUCGCCUGGCAGGAGAAUCCACCUUAAAUCUUCCGUAUCGGAGUGUAAGGAAAAAUGACAGCCUUAGCGGGGGGCAUACCGAGAAUGAUGCGCCCCACGCCGCCACAAAACUAUCCGAGAGGAGGAUACUCUCUUGAAGUUUCCACGCCAUUAGGUCAGGGUCGAGUAAACCAACUCGGUGGAGUUUUCAUAAAUGGACGGCCUUUGCCUAAUCAUAUUCGACACAAGAUCGUGGAGAUGGCCCAUCAUGGCAUCCGACCAUGCGUUAUCUCCCGUCAGCUCCGAGUGUCACACGGCUGUGUGUCCAAAAUCCUGUGCAGGUACCAGGAGACUGGAUCUAUCCGACCCGGUGCUAUAGGAGGAAGUAAACCCAAGCAGAGUACAACGCCCGACAUAGACAAGAAAAUCGAAGAGUACAAGAGAGAAAAUCCUGGUAUAUUUAGCUGGGAGAUCAGGGAUAAGUUACUCAAAGAUGGGAUAUGCGACCGCAACAAUGUUCCUUCAGUGAGUUCAAUCAGUCGCACUUUGCGAUGCAAAUUCGGAGGAAGUGCCGAAGACGAAGAUGAGGAGGACGAAAUGGAAAGGAGAGCACUGGACGAAAACGAGAGAAGAGGCAAACACAGCAUCGAUGGCAUUCUAGGCGAUAGAUCGAGUCACUCUGAUGAGGGUUCCGAUGUGGACUCAGAACCGGGCCUGCCCUUGAAGAGGAAGCAGCGGCGCAGCAGGACCACCUUCACGGCCGAGCAGCUGGAGGAGCUGGAGCGGGCCUUCGAGCGCACACACUACCCCGACAUCUACACCAGGGAGGAGCUGGCCCAGAGAGCAAAGCUCACAGAGGCACGCGUGCAGGUUUGGUUCAGCAACCGGAGAGCUCGCUGGAGGAAGCAGGCUGGGGCCAAUCAGCUUAUGGCCUUCAACCACCUAAUCCCUGGAGGCUUCCCCCCCUCGGCUAUGUCCAGCCUGCAGCCCUACCAGCUAUCGGACAGCCCCUACCCUCCCUCAUCCAUAUCGCAAGUGUCGGAGCAGGCCAGCACAGUGCACCGGCCCCAGCCUCUGCCCCCCACCUCUGUGCACCAGACGGGUCUGAGCUCCACGGCGGGGGCCCAGGAGGGUGGCUCGGCCUACUGCCUGGCCUCCGGACGCCACGGCUUCUCUGGCUACUCCGACAGCUUCGCGCCCCCGCCCGGCCACUCCAACUCAGUCAACCCCGCCAUCGGCAACGGCCUCUCCUCUCAGGUGAUGGGUCUGCUCAACCCCGGAGGAGUGCCCCACCAGCCCCAGGGUGACUUUGCCCUCUCUCCACUGACGGGCGGCCUGGAGCCCAACCCAGGCAUGCCCACCAGUUGCCACAGCUCCCAGCGUCUGGAGGGGCUACCAGGCCUACCCAGCAUGCCCAGCUCCCAGUCUUACUGCGCCCCGACCUACGGCUCCCCCGCCUAUAGCGUGGACCACGUCACCUCGUACCAGUACGGCCAGUAUGGGCAAAGUAAGGUGCCUUUCAUUAUUUGAAGCCCAACAUUGCCUGAGUGGAGGAGUUCAGUGGACGCUCUGAUGCUUGACUCUUGCGCCUGUCUGAUCCAGCAUCCCCACUCCACCCCCCCCCCACCCUCUCUGAACCACUGCUUCCCCCCGCCCCCCAGACCCCACCACACACCACCUACCCCAACAUGCCCUUGGACUGAGGGAGACAACACGGAGGAGAGGGGAGAGAGGUUGUUUUUGGAAAUGGAGG